UGAUUGGAAGCACAACCUACAUCCUGAUUGCGAUUUCAUGUGUCGCUCUGGUCCUCAUCAUUCUGGACCAGAUGAGAUCCAGGAAGAAAUCCUUCCCCAAGAUAUAUGACAGUGAAGAACCCAUCCUGCCCGAUCCUCCUGGCCCAAAACCAUGGCCCAUUUUGGGAUCCCUUCAUCUUUUGGGGAAAUAUGAUGUGCCCUAUAAGGCAUUUGCUGAUUUGGCCAAUGCCUAUCAGAGCCAAGUCCUCAAAAUGCAAAUGGGAUCUGUGCCUUGCGUUGUUGUUAACGGAUUGGAGAACAUCAGGGAAGUCCUCAUCACCAAGGGAACACAUUUCGAUUCCAGGCCCAAUUUCACUAGAUAUCAUCUCCUCUUUUCCGGAAACAAGGAGAAUUCUCUCGCUUUCUCUGACUGGUCAGAGGUGCAAAAAUCGAGAAGAGAGAUGCUGAAAGCACACACGUUUCCCCACGCCUUCACGACUAAGUACAGCCAGCUCAACAGCAUCAUCUCCACAGAAUUGGAAACCCUGAUGGACCAUUUCUCUGAAAAAUCAGGAAUGAGCCUCGAAGCGAAACCACUGCUUCUCCACACGUGUGCCAACAUCUUUAUGACCUACUUCUGUUCCAAAAGCUUCGACCUCGAACAUGAAGCCUUCACUGACAUGAUCCGAAACUUCGACAAGGUCUUUUACGAAGUGAACCAAGGCUACGCGGCUGAUUUUAUGCCAUUCUUGAUGCCUUUGCACCAGCGAAACAUGGCAAGAAUGGCCAACUGGAGCCACAAGAUCAGGGAGUUUGUUGAAGAAAGCAUAAUUGGUGAUCGUUUCACUAACUGGAAAACUGCAAUUCCAGAGGAAGACUAUGUUGAUUGUCUCAUCAACUACAUCAAGACUGAUUCCGAACCCAAAAUGUCAUGGGACACUGGGUUGUUUGCUCUCGAGGAUAUCAUUGGAGGUCACUCAGCUGUUGGCAACUUUCUUGUCAAGAUCUUUGGAUUCCUCGUAACUAGAUUACAUGUUCAACAAAGGGCGCAUCAGGAAAUCGACCAGCUGGAGAUCUACGGAAAUACUGUAGGUCUUGAGCUUAGGAAAUCAAUGCCCUACACUGAAGCUAUCAUCUGGGAAGCUAUUAGGAUCAUCGCUAGUCCAAUUGUUCCACAUGUUGCAAGCCAAGACAGCUCGAUUGGAGGUUACAAAGUAGAGAAAGACACAUUCAUCUUCUUGAACAACUACGACCUCAACAUGUCCGAAAAACUCUGGACGAAACCUCACGAGUUCAUGCCGGAAAGGUUCGUCCGGAACGGAACUUUGCACAAACCGGAACAUUUCCUGCCUUUCGGAGGAGGUCGCCGGUCCUGUAUGGGAUACAAGAUGGUAAUGUUUCUGAGUUUUUCGACGAUUGCAAGCAUCUUGAAGAACUUCACGGUUCUUCCCGUGGAAAAGGAGGAAUACGAAGUGCCUAUUGGCAAUCUAGCCCUUCCAGAAAAAUCCUACAGCUUCAGAUUUGUGAGGCGAUAGAUCAGACUGCCUCUUCACUGGGAAUGUGAAGAGCUUAAACUUAAAGAUCACCGUACUCGGACGCCCAAGAGCUUCACUGACAUUACUAGAUUUGUAAGGUAGCAAAGUGAUCGUCCCCCGAUACGGGAGCUUUUACCCACUUAUCGUUUUCCUCAGGACUCGCGGAAAAUAGAAAAAUUGUCAAGUUUCCAAAGUAAUUCUAAGGAAUUAGUUUUCCGAAUUGUCGAGUUAAGAAAGUGGAGAGGAGCAAUAUUGUAGCAAAGAUAUUACUUUUAAAGUCAUGAAGCUGUGUGUUCUUCCUAUUGGAGGAGAGCUUC